UCAAGUCUGUUGAUAUGAAAUGUCAUAGCUAAAUUUUGAAAAACUCAAACUCAUUUCAACUCAUAACACAAAAUAUCUUAAAACACAACACUAAAAAAAAAAAAAACAAAAAAAAAUACAUAUUUUUAAACAUAAAAAUAAAAAAGGACGAAAAAAAACGGCAAAGAGGGUUAAAGAAUGACUGAUUCAAAUUCAAAUGACACACACCUAGCUGGACAUAUAAGCACUGCAAUGGAUUUAAAGACUGGCUCAUUACUUGUAGCGCCCGCUGUGAAGAACUCAAGUUGCUCCCAUCCGCGCUAUUCGGGACACAAUUUUAUUGUUCACAUUGGGAUUGCCGAGACCAUUGAGGCUGUUCUCAUUUUAGUGCUUACUUUGGGCGUAAUUGGGGCCAACUGUUUGGUCAUUUUUGUUAUCAAUAAUCGCCGUUAUGCCGCCUACAUACAUCAACAGCCACGAUAUUUGCUCACAUCGUUGGCCCUGAAUGACCUGACAAUUGGUUUACUAAUUACACCGUUUGGACUAAUGCCGGCAUUGUUUCAUUGCUGGCCAUAUGGAGAGAUCUUCUGUCAGAUACAGGCCUUGUUGCGCGGAGCUCUCUCACAGCAAAGCGCCGUUAUUCUUGUAUGCAUGGCUGUGGAUAGAUAUAUGUGUGCAUUGCAUCCGCGACGAUAUUACCAACACUCUAGCAAAAAGGGCUGUGUGGCCAUACUGAGCUUAACAUGGAUUAUCAGUCUGACGGUAUUUGGUUUUCUUGUACUACCCAAAGGCUACUAUUUCAACAACACGGGUCUAAUGGCUUGCGAGCCAUUCUAUAGUAAACCCUCGUAUCGGAUUUUAUCGACAUGUGCCCUAUACUUUCCCACCACCAUGGUAUUGAUGUACUGUUAUGGCUCCAGUUUUCAUAUGAGUCGAUUUCGCCUAAAUGAUCCAACAAUGCCAUUGACAGCGGCUGUCCAUCAUCCGCAUCCUCAUCCCCAUCCUGCCCAGCAGCAGCACCAGCAACAACAGCAGCAGCUACAACAUCAUCUCUUUGGACAAGGUAGCGGUGGCCAUGGGCAUUCACAUCAUCCGCAUCAUCAUCAUCAUCAUGGUCCACCAGUUAUGAACCAUCUGAGUAUGGCCAUGGGCAUGGGUCUGGUCGGCAUGCCCAACAUGACAAAUAAGAUUACCAAAAAGAUUGUGCCCAUCCAGGAGAAGAAUUCAAGUGGCUCCACAUCACGUUCAAUGGCAGCCAUAUCAUUGGGAUUCAUUGUUAUGGUCACACCAUGGACCAUUCAAGAGAUUGUCACCGCAUGCACUGGCUCCAAGUUGCCUCCAUUCUUGGAUUUCUUGGUCACUUGGACAGCCCUGAGCAACAGCCUGUGGAAUCCGUUCAUGUACUGGCUACUGAAUUCCGAUUUUCGUCGUCUUAGCCGUCAAUUGAUGCCCAACAAAUGUUUUCCCCAUGAGGAUACGCCCGAACACAAAUCAGCCUGUUGUCACAUCAAUGCAAACGAUUUUGAAAUCACAACACUUCCGAUGCCCCCAGAACCGCCGGCUUCUCGACCACCAGGACAGACCCAGAGUAGUGGAACUUCUGCCGGAGGAGGAGCGGGAGGUGGCAUUGGCACCACUAUUGGCGGCUCUGUACUUGGCAUUUGUGCUCGUUCUCGCGCGAAUAGUUUGAGUCGCAGCGCCUCUCAAUAUAUUAGAGGAACUCUCACUGGCGUAGGCGGUCACGCUCAUACCCAUCUACAGUCCCAAGCUAAUGCCACUGCCAACAGUGAUGCUUAUGCCACCAUGCGCCCCGAUAUUGAAGGUCUCAGUGAAAAGUACUGGGGUGAAAUUUUAGAGCGAACCGUCAGUUCGGGCAAUCUUAGUGCCAUGCAAAAGAAUUUUCCCAUACAUUAUCCACAUUAUCAGAUGCAUCACCCACAGCAUCAAAUGCCGGCACAUUCAAUGCAUCAUCAGCAGGUGGUACAUCAUCAAAUACAUCAACCGCAACAACAUCAAACGACAUCGUUUAGUAAACAUAGUGAUCUGCACCUAAAUAUGGGGCAAGAGGCCACAGCAGCCGAAUUGAGUAAAUUUUCCAAUUCGGAGCCAAAACUAUGUGAGCAUCUCUUUCACGAUGCGAAUUGUGCCAAAAGUAAGGCGGCAGCUGCCAAUUUGGUAGCAAGUGGGGGCGCUGAUAUAUCCAACAAAUUGGCUGCUGGUCGUAGUAUUCCGGAUAUUUAGUACGCAGAGGACGUUAUACUCGCCAAUAGUCAGAUGGCUCGUAAAUGUUUGCAUCAUCCAUUGCAUCAGCAAGCAUCAGGAGGCAAUAGGAGCACUAAGACUACAUUUGGACAUGGUCAUGGUCAUCAUCAUGGCAUCAUGGGCGGCAGUAUGCGACUGAAUAGGAUUCGGGUUGCCUGUCAUAGUCCACCACCAACAAUGCCAACAGAUGCAACUACAGCAUUGCCAUUAGCCGAGUACCGAAAGUAAAGGAAAGAAAAAACUUUGGUAGAAGCAAAAAAUCGAGUGAAAAGUCGAGCGGGUCUAACCACAGUAGAGUGCAUGUCAGUUUAUCUAUAAGAUUCAUAGGUCAUUUGUGUGUGUGUCUAUGUAUGUGUGUGUGCGUGUGUAUGUCUAAAUAUAUUUGUAUUAUCCCAUAGUAAAAUCUAUCCGAAACGAAAAAUUCAAUGAUUACUCAUAGUAAUAGCUUAAAUUAAACAUUUUACUUUAAUCAAUGUCUAAGCUAAAAACAAAAAAAAAAACUAAAUCCGAAUCAAAUCCUAACUUUUGUGAUUGUCAAGAAUUUAAAUGAGUUGAUGUGUUUUGUGUGUAAUUGUAACAA